AAAUUUCCGGAAACGCAGCCAAGUCCUGUCUCGUUACAAGCCGGCUUGCCGGGGAGGGAGAGGGCCCGGGAACGAACGAAGAUGGCGGAUCGAGAGCAGAACCCCCGUCUCAUGCUCAGCAACUUCCUCUCUCUCGAGCAGUGCAAGGAGCUGGAGUUCAUCCACAAGAGCUGCAGCACGGUUGGGUACCGGCCGGGCGUCUUCUCCACCACGCUCUCUCAUCUCAUCGCUACGAACUCGGCCCACUUGAUCAUGCCCCUCGUGCUCAUCCGAGAGAAACUCAAAGAGAAGGUGGAGGAAUUCUUUGCAUGUGAGUUUGAGCUCUGUAUCGAAUUUACUGGUCUUGUCAGCUGGACUAAAGGAGCGAGCAUUGGAUGGCAUAGUGAUGAUAACAGGCCUUAUCUGAAACAGAGAGACUUUGCGGCAGUUUGUUAUUUGAAUAGCUAUGGGAAAGAUUUUAGAGGCGGGCUAUUCCAUUUCCAGGAUGGUGAACCCACAACUGUUAAACCUUCAGCUGGUGAUGUUCUGAUAUACACUGCUGACAACCGAAAUGUACAUUCUGUUGAUGAGAUCAUUGACGGGGAAAGACUUACUCUUACACUAUGGUUUAGCCGUGAUGGUGCUCAUGAUGAGGAUGUCAAACUUGUGUCUCGUCUCUCAGAGAUUUCCUCAACUGAAGUGACUGAUGUUCCCAGCUCCAACUUACCCUUGCCGGCAUCCAGUAAUAUGUACUGGUUUUCACCAGAUCAAUCUUCUGACCAUGAUUCAGCAAUCAAUAUAUGCUGUGCAAGAAUUUAUGCUCUGGGAUUUGGUAUUUAUCCCAUAGAGGACAAGACAAACGUCUUGGACGUGUCUGAUCUUCUGAUGAAACCACUGCAGUUAACAAGGAAUAAUGAGUUGUUUAACCAGGAAUUUGAAAAUGUGUUGCACGCGCUGCAGGUGGUGCAGUAUUAUUCAUGGAAAGCUUUCGGGUUGCAGAGACACGCUACUAUAUUGGAGGAAGGAAGGGUGAUCCCAUUGUCUGGAUCACAAAGCCAGAAUGUAAGGGAUUUGGAAUCGACAUUUGUAAAGGAUCGACGGUUGGCGCAGAUGACAUUUGGUCAUACUAGCUGUGACGGGUGUGGGACGCCUAAAGAAUUUUGUUGGGCCAGCUUUUGUGCCGCUGUUGAUGCGUGGAGAGAUUACACGAACAAGCUUCGCAGGGAUUUACUUAGGAGCUUACCUUACUGGAGAAGUCAUCAGUCGAUCUUUGACGUUGCAUUUGAUGAGCUUUGAAUUAGGAUUUGUUUUCGUAUGCCUCUGCAUUUCAUAAUCUUAAAUUCCCCUUAAGAAGGUAGUCUAACAGUGUCUCAAACUGUUCAUUGUUGCGGAUUCCAUCAUGAGCCUCUCUUGGAUUCCACGCUAAUGGAUGGCGCAGAUCCAGUUAGAAGGCAUUGAUUCCAUACUUUGAUCAUGGCAUCACUUCACAGCCCAAACUAGGAAGGAAGUGCAAUUCAUUUUCCCCAUUUUAGCUGCCACUAGCAGCUGGUCUCUUAAAGUUUCUAGCCAUAUAAGAUUUGCAGAAACAAGAGAAAUAAAAUUACAAGAGCGGAUGUUCAGUUCAGCUUUAGCAAGGGAGAUUGCGAAGAGAGAAACUUCUUAUCGGUAACUUUUUGCUAUAAUCAGAGCUCGGAGUACAAUUUAUUUGACUAAGCAGCGUCGUGAAGCUGUUUGGAGAUGGACCAUUCGUGCAAGACUUGUCCGAAGACGUCGUAGAAGACGAGAUCGGCUCGGUCUCCAGUCAUGCUCACGGAUAGAAAACCUUGCCCGUCAUAAUAGAACUUCAUCUCCUCCGGCUUCCAUGACCUUAUGUCGCCCCUCCAUGCCUUCGACCCGCCUCCACUCGUAAUGAACUGAAUUUCGCUGCAAUUUUUUUUUUUAAUAGAGAAAACGAGUUUUUGUUAUUACUAUUGAAGGAGAAGAUCAAAGAAAACUAAUGCCAAAACUGUAGAAGCUA